GUUAAACUAAUAAGUAUAUUCUGUUGAAUUUAUGACUAGUUUAUACAAAGUAAAAUAUUCAAUAUUUAAUAUACACAAAACAAGCACUUUUUGUAUGUUAAAGACAUGGUGCUGAUAUUGCUUCUUUCUAAUCAUCCUCCUACAAAAUCUAUAGGUAAACUUAAAAUAGCGCAGAAACCGGAAGUUAAUAAUCUUGAUUAAAUAAGAGUAGCAGUAAUUGAAUAACGAGUCCUGAAAAUAGAACCCGACAAUAAUUACUUUCAUUUUCAUUGUAAACGCCUAAAACUAGAUAACUGAAAGAGCGUAACCAAGGUCAAAACAAUCAAACUACGUUUCAUCUCAUAUCAUUUGUAGAUUUUGAUAAAAAACCAUGUCGAAUAUUAUUUCAGCCAAUAUGAUUUGGAUUUUAAGUGCAAUUACAGUAUUUGUUUCAUUUUACUGGUUUUUAAUUUGUCCAUACAAACACUGGACGAAAAGGGGUGUAGCCCAAGGAAAUCCAGUGCCCAUAUUUGGGCACAUGUUAAGUACAAUUUUACGUAAACAAUCUUUCUCUGAAAUGAUUCAAAUGGUUUAUAACAUCGCUCCUGAUUCCAGGUACUGUGGAAUGUACCAAUUUUUUCAGCCACUGCUUGUAUUGAGAGACCCAGAAUUGAUCAAGCAAAUAACAGUAAAAGAUUUUGAUUAUUUUAUGAAUCACAGGGGUUUUAUUCCCGCAGAUUGUGAACCGUUAUGGGGAAAAAUUCUGAUAUUGUUGACUAAUCAAAAAUGGAAAGACAUGAGAAAUACACUCAGUCCGGCAUUUACAAGCAGCAAAAUGAAAUACAUGUUUGCUUUAAUCUCCGAAAGUGCGCAACAAUUUACUGGGCAUUUUUUGAGAAAGAGUGAAAAUGUUAUAACAAUUGAAAUGAAAGAUACAUUUACCAGAUUCACGAAUGAUGUUAUUGCAAAUACAGCGUUUGGUGUCGAAAUUGAUUCACUAGAAGAUCGUAACAAUGAAUUUUAUUUGAUGGGAAAGGAGGCAACAAAUUUUGGGGGUUUUAUGCAAUUUGUGAAAUUCCUGACGUUUCUUAUUUUUCCUAAAUUAGCUAAAUAUCUUAAAAUUACUUUUUUCUCCAAAAAAGUUGGAAAGUUCUUCACAAAAAUAAUAAAAGAUAAUAUUGCAAAUAGAGAAAAACACGGGAUUGUAAGACCAGACAUGAUACAUUUGUUAUUAGAAGCAAGAAAGAAUGGUUGGAAAUAUGAAGAAUCGGAAACUUUGGACACAGGUUUUGCCACAGUCAAAGAAUCAAAUAUUGGUAAAAUCGCAACAGUUAAACAAAAAAUAACAGAUGAAGACAUAAUAGCUCAAGCCAUUAUUUUUUUUGUUGGUGGUUUUGACCCAGUUUCUUCAAUCAUGAGUUUUAUGUCUUACGAAUUAGCAGCCAAUCCUGAUGUUCAAGAAAAACUCCACUUGGAAAUUGAUAAGACUUUCAAAACUUGUGAAGGAAAACUCACUUAUGAAGCUUUGAUAGAAAUGAAAUAUAUGGAUAUGGUGGUUUCAGAAACUUUAAGGCUUUGGCCACCAAACGGUAUGACUGAUCGAGUCUCUAGUACGUCGUACGUAAUUGAACCAAAAGACCCAACAGAGAAACCACUUCAAUUGGAGAAAGGUGAUCUCGUGAUGGUUCCUAUUUUUGGCAUUCACAGGAAUCCAAAAUAUUUUCCUGAACCCAAUCGCUUUGAUCCCGAAAGGUUCAAUGAUGAACAUAAAGUAAAUAUUAAGCCUUAUACGUAUCUGCCUUUUGGGACCGGACCAAGGAAUUGCAUUGGAUCUAGACUUGCUCUACUUGAAAUUAAAACAUUAUUCUUUCAUUUUUUAUCUAAAUUUCAAAUUAUUCCUGUGGAAAAAACACAGAUACCUUUGCGAAUCAACAGGAAAUCGUUUAAUAUAACUGCCGAGAAUGGAUUUUGGUUAGGGCUUAAACAGCGUGGAAGUGAUAAGCUGUAAAAAGUGUAUUUGAAAAAUAAUUUCAUAAAUGUAAAUAAAAAAUAAAUAAGAACAAUAAAUAUUCUUUUAUGUUU